CAUCGCCGAGUUAUUAAAAAUGCAUGUCACCCGUGCCUUCUCUCCUUAGUGACACUGAAACCAACAAAAAUACAUAUAAUCGGAAGGAUUUCCAAGGUGUUUUACCUGGUUUUACUCAAGAGCUUGGAUUACGUACAUUUUAAGUAGCAUGGAUCCAUGAUCGCCAGUUCUUUUGAUGGCCAUCUCUCGUUCGAAGGUCACGUGGUUAAUCGAUGGUGCAGCGUUCCGCUCUGUACCACAUUUCUGUAGUUAUCCUAGUUGUCACCACGGUAACCGUUACUACGGUAACCAACGCUGAUAAAGAUGUCAUCGAGUCAUGGAGACAGCUUGACGUUGGAAAAGCCGCUAGCCAAUUCAAGGUUGAAUGGUGUCGCCAGCGGAUGAGUCGUUAUGAUUGGAAGGCUAAAUUACAACCGUGCCUGCCACGGGUUCCCUGGGAACACAAGGAUCCCGUGAAUGAAGACACAGAUCCCGAAAGGAGCUUUGUUCGUAGUGUUGAUAUAAGUCCAGCAGGAUUCUACAGCAAACUAUUUCUACAAAGCGUAACGUCAGACGGCGUUGUCAAGAGUACAGGGGGGGACUUCUGGCGCAUUGACGUACGCGGAGAGGCGAGUGUGGCCGCAGACGUGUACGAUAAAGGCGACGGGACAUAUGAAGCCGUGUUCCUGCUACCGCUGGCCGGGGAAUAUCAGAUUUAUAUCACGCUUGACUAUACUGACUGCAAGGGCAUCAAGGACCCUCCUGCUGACUGGUUCAAACGAGGAUGUAGGCAUGGCUCGUUCCAGCCUCCUGGGAGUCUCCACGGCCGUGAAAAUGAUUAUGUCAACCAGACACUUCAAGGGGGUGCCCCUAUUGUGAUUGACGUGGAACCUCCUCUUGCUAAAGCACUGGCAGCAUUAAACGCGUUCAAGGUCAGCGGUCACCUUGGUUGCCAUGACAAAUGUGAUGUGCUUUGGGAUGGCUAUGGCAUAUGGAGAGAGGGGAACUGGGUACCAUACACACCAGGUCUUUCAGUGAAUCUCGGCGGAGGGUCGAGCCAUAUUCGUGGCCAAGGAGUAUUCUAUAUAUAUGGAGACUCACUCAAUCGAUAUUUCUUCGAGUCGCUCUCGCGUCGUCCAUUAUGCCAAGGCGUAUUCCGAGCAUGUUACUUCACGAUGACGUGGGUGUAUGCGCUGAGGCAUACGGCCAAAGAAGAAAUGGAUCUGGCGGCCGGAGGGAAGAAUAUAGACAUACCUCGAAUACUGGCCGAACUCAAGGAGGCGGUCACAAGACAGGACAUGGACGAACAGAGCGCUCUCCUGCUGAACGCAGGUGUCCAUUUAUUGAAGAGUUCGGGUUUCUACACGUACCAAAAGCUGAUUAACGGCAUCGUGUCCGUUCUGAAGCAGCACUUCCGCGGAACUGUCAUCUGGAAAACAACCACGAGUCUACAGGCACAGCGAGAGCUAUACAGCGGCUGCUUUAGGAGAUUCCACACAGAGCAGCGCACGGAUCUGUUCAACGCGUACGCGAUGAGCGCAAUGUGCCGGGCCGGAUUUCUGGUCUUGGACGUGUACCCGCUGACCAAAUCCUACCCCGCGGGCACCCUGGAUGGCGUGCACUAUGACAACAAGGUGUUCUCAUCAGCAGAGGACAUCCUAGAGGAAUACUUUACAAGCUAGUUAAUCAAGUUUAACAAGUUAGUUGAUACAGGAAGGGGAGGGGAUUCCACAAGCUCAGGCGCGUACACAGGGGGUGCGCAGGGUGCGCGCGUCACCCCCCUUGGCGGCCAAAAAGUGGGUCAUUUCUUAUAAAGGAAUCUUCAAAUACUAUAAUUUAUCCAUAUGAUACCUAUGACUGCGCAACCCCCCCCCCCCCCCCCCCCCCACUCAGCCAAUCCUACGCGCCUAGAGUUAAUUGAUAUAGGGAGGGGAUUCCACAAGCUAGUUAAUACAGGAAGAAGGAGGACGACUUCACAGCUAGUCUAAACAAAAGGGGGAGGGGGAUUUAAAAAGCUAGUCGAUACAGGAAGGGGAGGAGGAUUCAAGGGGAGGGGAUUCCACAAGCUAGUUAAUACAGGAAGGGGGAUUCCACAAGCUAGGUAAUACAGGAAGGACUUCUGUAUCGAGUAGCUUCACAGCUACUCGAUACAGAAGUGGGGAGGGAAUUUCCCAAAAGGUAGGAACAAAUACAUGAAGAUGGAUACUACAACUACGGGUGAUAAUACUGAAAGUUUUUUUUUUUUUAAAGAAUGGAGAUCAUGUACAGGAUUGUUUGCUUGGGGUAAUUGGAGGUAAAGCAUCAAAAUUAUAUCGUCCAAAGAAGAAUCGAGGAAAUCGAGGUAUCCGAGUAGACAUGACUUUAAUAUAGUCCCAGGAAAAGUUUAACAGUUUAACGUUACUGGGUUCCUCAAAUAAAAACCAAGGUAGAGAACAAGAUUUAAUGAAUAAAGAUAGAUAGAAAAUAGCA